GUGAUAAGUGGUGGUUGUGGUGAUUUUGGAUGAAGGGGGCUGGAAGGAUCCGGGGCUGCAAUGUGAGGUCGAAUUAUCAGGCUUAGCGAAGCUUUUCCCCGUGGGACACGUAGAAGAACGUCUCUAGCUUAUGGAUUGCAGUUUGAUCGAGCGAAGGAGUGAGUGCGGCGGACGAGAGAGGAUAGGGAGAGGGGAGAGAGAAGAGGAGAAGCCCCCAGGGGAAAAGACUCGACAGCUUGAACAGAUCGCGGUAUGGUGACAACGCAGGGUAGA